AUGGGAGCAGGCACUCGUGUGGGUAAAGGUGGAGCCUGCUCCACCCCUGUGCAAGGACUAGGGGCAACAGGAGAUUCUCAAGUGGUAACACCAUCAGGAGAUGAUGCUCAGAGUAGUCACCAGGGUGAGAAACAGAUUUGCUCACUUGGGUCAGUGUCUACCCCUAAACAAUCUGUCCUGCCCAAGAGACUCAGGAAGUCUGUCAUCCAGCUUGACCUCGCCAACACCAAGAAAGCAAUGAUUGUCCCUGCAUUCGAGACACUGCGUUACCGGCUCUCCUUCCCCAAGUCAAAGGCUGAGCUGCUAUCAAUGCUUGAUAUGGGGACUCUGUUCACAUUCAGGUACCAUGUCUGGACAAAAGGCCAUGCACCCACAAACUUCGCCAAGUGGCGGACUGCCACCACGCCUUACCGGGUUGAGUGGGAAGCUGAUUUCGAGCCAUAUGUUGUAGUAAGACGAGACUGCCCUGAGUACGACCGGAGGUUUGUGGGCUUUGGCUGGAACAAGGUCGCUCAUAUCAUGGAACUGGAUGCACAGGAGUACGAGUUCACUGUGCUGCCAAACGCUUACAUGGUCCACAUGCCUCAUGCCCCCAGCUUCGACAUCACUAAGUUCCGCUCCAACAAGCAAUACCGCAUCUGUCUCAAAACCCUGAAGGAAGAGUUUCAACAGGACAUGUCUCGCCGCUACGGCUUUGCUGCCCUGAAAUAUCUCACGGCUGAGAACAACAGCUAGCACCAAGAAGGUCACCACUAAGGAGAGACAUGCCACAGGGGAAGAGCCACUUACUAUUCGGGGCCUAGACUUCAAAGGCAAAAUCGAGCAAUGCUUACUGGUUUGUUUUUCUUUGUCUCUUUGGCCCCACAAAGCUGCUCUCACUUCCAAGAUCUUGGACAAGGAUCCCACCAGCCUCUGUGUGCCAGAGUGGAGGAAAACAGCCCAUGACACAAGACACUUCAAGAAUGGGACAGAGAAGGUUGAGAACAAGUGAAGGAUUAUCAACCCACCAUAAACCAAGGCAGGGCUUCCCAAUGUUCCUGUUGCUUUCAGUUAAUUACGGGCCCCAUCUAGCUGGGGAAGAAGGCAAGCUAGAGUGCUGGGGGUUACUCAUCCCAGGAAAUACGAGCAAGUUAUGUUCCUUCAAAGGAAACCUUCUUUUCCCUGCAAUGUAGCUGGGUACCCAAGGGGAGAGAAAACCAAGGACCUGAGCCAAUCAUUUAGAAGAACCUUAUGUAGACACCCUAUCUGCAGGAAUGGGAUUGUUUCUUUGUCCUCCGAGUCCUCUUGUAUUUUUUUUGUUUGUUUUAGUUUGGGGGAUUUUGUUUAUUUUUGGUCUGGGAAUCCAAAAUAGGCAAUCUGAUUCUUUAAGGCUCCAAAGGGAAAUCAGCUGCCUCACCCAACAUCCUAAUAUGAUCCGGCAAGAAGGUCAAGAUUCUCCAAUGAGUAUUCAGCCAUGUGCAGCUUCUUUCAAGAUUAGCAGUUCUCAGUGAGGCUGAUGACUGAAUUCCCUACUCUCCAGAACCCAGGGCUACGGCAGGGACUGUGGAAAUAGGAGGCCCAGGGUAACACACCAGUCACAGUUUCUAUGGGCAAAGACCAAUCGUGAGGGAAGGGCUUGGAAGAAACCAUUAAUGUGCACAUGGAAGGUACAAACCUCUCAGGCCUUUGGAAGAACUUGAAUAGUUCACAAGAACCCAGUCUGAAGACUCAUCACAGGACUAUGAGGAGGCUACAGGCACAAUGGGGUCGGAUUCCUCUGUGUUCCUCCUGCUUCACUGUGGAUGGGGGGAGGUGGUGACCUAAGUCUCCCUUCGGGACCUGUCCGAGGGUAGACAAGCACCUCACCGUUACACAGUUGGACUUUUUGCCCAUUUUCUUUACUCUUCACUAUUAAGGUUGUGUUUACAUUGAUGAGAACAAGAGUUAUUGCCCUGCCUUCUGUUGGGCUGUCUGUAUUGAGUUGCCAUGUGGCCAGUGAAAGCUGCAUUCAAUAAACGAAAGUACAGACUGUUUCUUCCCCACAUUAAGAGGCUAC